CAGGUACUGACUCCAGGCCCAGGUUUGGGAGAAGGCUGCCCGGCUUUGGAUACAGGCUCUGCACGCAGCCAGCUGUGCAGCCUGGCCUCUCGGUGUCCCUUGUGUAACGUGGGGUCGUAAUAGCACCUACUCAUUGAAUUGUUCUGAGGAUUAAAUGCCUCAAUACAUGUAAAACCUUGAGAGUGGCACCUGGCAUGUAAUUUGUGCUCAGUAAUUAAUAGUUAUUAUUAUGAAGAAUAAAUAUAUGGUCUGCGUAUAGCAAUAAGGAGCUUUGGGUCUCUAAAGAGGGGUCAUUUAUUUCUGAGAACUAUACCCUUUUUCUUAGAGGUAGGAAAGGCUUCACUGCCAGUUACUAGAAUCCUGCCGGCCCGUGGAGAGCUGUGUAACAGUGGGUCUAGAAUAGAUUGGCUUUGCGGGAUAGACGUGGUGCUUUUUCCGGUACAUGUGUUACUGAUCUGGAAGCGGCGGCUAGGACUUAAUAGUCACGAGGUUGCCAGCUGACGGCUUUGACAGAGGCAGGAGGGUGCGUGCGCGCCGGUGCCACUUCCUAAUUUAUUGCCUGGUUUUGCCCUUUCUGGGACUUACCCAAGACGGUGGCGAGCUGCCGUCAGUCUGUUCUCUCUGCUCCCUUUGGAGAGACCCUCCCUCCGCUCUGCAGGUGAUGUGUCACCAAUCAGUAUGUCUCCCAUCAGUCAAUCUCAGUUUAUCCCACUCGGGGAAAUCCUUUGCUUGGCCAUCUCCGCAAUGAACUCGGCAAGAAAACCUGUCACCCAAGAAGCACUGAUGGAGCACCUGACCACCUGUUUCCCAGGUGUUCCCACCCCAAGCCAAGAAAUUCUCCGGCAUACGCUGAACACGCUGGUCCGGGAGCGGAAGAUCUACCCGACUCCAGAUGGCUACUUCAUCGUAACCCCACAGACUUAUUUCAUAACUCCUUCCCUCAUAAGAACUAACAGUAAAUGGUACCAUUUGGACGAGAGGAUACCUGACAGGUCUCAGUGUACCUCUCCCCAGCCCGGGACCAUCACGCCCUCUGCCUCAGGCUGCGUCAGGGAAAGAACGUUGCCCAGGAACCACUGCGACUCUUGCCACUGCUGCCGGGAAGAUGUGCACGGCGUGCACGCGGCCACCCUGCAGAGGAAGCCCGCCAAGGACUGCAAAGACCUGUACUGCCCUCCUUCCCUCUGCCAGGUGCCACCCACUGAAAAGAGCAAAAGUACUGUCAACUUUUCGUAUAAGACGGAAACUCUCUCCAAACCUAAAGAGAGUGAAAAGCAGUCCAAAAAAUUCGGGCUCAAGUUAUUCCGGCUCAGUUUUAAAAAAGACAAGACCAAACAGCUAGCCAAUUUUUCCGCCCAGUUUCCUCCCGAAGAGUGGCCCCUGCGGGAUGAGGACACGCCGACUACUAUCCCUCGGGAGGUGGAAAUGGAGAUCAUUAGGCGUAUUAACCCGGACUUGACCGUGGAAAAUGUCAUGAGGCACACUGCACUAAUGAAGAAACUUGAAGAGGAGAAAGCACAUAGGAGCAAAGCCGGGUCCUCCGCCCAUCACAGCGGAAGAAGUAAAAAGAGUCGAACUCAUCGCAAGUCCCAUGGAAAGUCUCGGUCGCACAGCAAGACACGAGUGUCCAAAGGAGACCCGUCAGAUGGUUCCCAUCUGGACAUCCCGGGUGAGAGGGAGUAUGACUUUUGCGAUCCUCUCACCAGGGCUCCCCGGGAAGGCUGCUUCAUCAUCGAACACAAAGGUGAUAACUUCAUCAUGCAUAGCAAUGCGAACGUGAUUGAGUCUCAUUUCCCCAUGACCCCAGAAUGGGACGUGUCUGGGGAACUGGCCAAAAGGAGAACUGAGAUGCCUUUUCCUGAGCCUUCCAGGGGAAGCUCCCACUCAAAAGUGCACCGAAGCCACAGCCAUACCCAGGACCGAAGGUCCAGGAACGAGAGAUCCAACAAGGCCAAGGAGAGGUCCAGAUCCAUGGAUAACUCCAAAGGUCCUCUGGGUGCUUCUUCUCUGGGCAUGCCUGAAGACCUGGCUGAAGGCUGUAGCCAAGAUGACCAGACCCCCAGCCAAUCCUACAUUGACGACAGUACUUUAAGGCCUGCACAGACUGUCAGUCAUCAAAGGGCUCACAUUUCGUCCACAAGCUACAAAGAGGUGUGUAUUCCAGAAAUAGUCAGUGGCUGCAAGGAACCUCCCAGUGCUUGCAGCCUCUUGGAGCCAGGCAAACCGCCUGAGAGUUUGCCAUCCUUUGGUGAACUCAACUCUUGUCCAACAAAAACAGCUACAGAUGACUAUUUCCAGUGUAACACCUCCAGCGAGACGGUGCUCACGGCGCCGUCACCUCUGGGAAAGAACAAAGAGGACCAUGACACUCUGACCCUGGCAGAAGGGGUGAAAAAGCUGCCUCUGUCGGACUGGCAGGCCCCACAUCCCUCCAGGGAGCCUGUAGGACACAAGGAGGAGUCGCCAAAGGGGCCGGGCGGGGGCCCAGCGGCUUCGGGCGCUGUGGCCGAAGGGAUUGCCAAUGGACGCCUCAUCCAGCAUCACAGUGCCGAGCCCAGCAGCCUGGACAAGAGGAAAGAGAUAUUCAGCAAAGACACACUGUUCAAACCUCUUCACAGCACCUUGUCUGUAAACAGCUUUCACAAAUCAAGUCUGUCCGUCCUCAAAUCUCACCCGAAGACACCUGCGGACACACUGCCAGGCCGAUGUGAGAAACUGGAGCCAUCCCUAGGGACCUCGGCUGCACAAGCCAUGCCAGCUUCCCAGCGUCAGCAGGAGUCGGUGGGGAACCAGGAGGCCUCUUUUGACUAUUACAACGUCUCUGAUGAUGAUGAGUCUGAGGAAGGGGCAAACAAGAACACCGAGGAGGAGAAAAACAGAGACGAUGUGGGCACCAUGCAGUGGCUCCUGGAAAGGGAGAAAGAAAGAGACUUGCAGAGGAAAUUUGAGAAGAACCUCACCCUCCUUGCCCCAAAGGAAACCGACAGCGGCAGCAACCAGAGGGCCACCCAUUCAGCGCGUCUGGACAGCAUGGACAGCAGCAGUAUCACGGUGGACAGCGGAUUCAACUCCCCACGCACUCGGGAGAGCCUGGCUUCCAACACAUCAAGCAUUGUUGAAAGUAGCCGUCGUCAGAACCCUACCUGGAGCCCGGCCCAUGGUGGAGCCGGCCCGGCCUUCAAUUUCCGAGCAAGUACGGACAGCCCCACAAACGAAGCUGAGAAAUUACAGAAACCUUCCAGCUGCUUGCAAGCUUCUGUUACUAGUGUGUGACAGUCAUCCUGCCUCAGAUCUCCUGUCUCAUUCGAUACAGCCAAGUUUACGACACUGGGACUGAUGUUUACAUCUUUGGAAAGACAAGCAUCUCAACGGCAGUUUUUGUGUUGACUUAAACUGUGCUGCUAAGUAGUCUAGGGCAAAAAACAACAGCAACAAAAUCUUUAUUUCAGAGUAUUGCUUUUCACAUUUAUGGCUCUGUAGCAACAAGAAUAGCAGUAGAGGUGAUAUGUAUACUUUUGCUUCACUAAUUGUAACUGAGCACACAUAGGAAAGUCUAGACACUGUCCGUGUAAUAAUAUGCAUUUUCGAUGUCAUGCAGUUGCCAAGUCCAUUCUAAAAUGCCACAGAUGUGCGUUGCUCCCAGUCUGUGACCAAACGGUGCCACAGAACUGAUCCUUGACACUUCCCAAAACAAAAAACAAAACACAAAAAAACUAAGCCUCCACAAAAUGUCAAAUGCAAGGGUCUACCUUGAGGGAAAUCAAUGCCAAACUGACUAAAAGGGACCCCAGCCCUUUGUGUGUGAAUCGUUUAGGCCCCAGUCAUUUUGCACUGUGAGUUUUCGUGACAAGACUUUGCAGGAGCCCAUGGAAGUGUGUCAGAAGGGGUCGUGAUCCAAAUACUGGGAGUGUUUGUUUGCAGGAUUUUGCUUUUAAGUGUCACGGAUGCUUGUCUGGUUUUCUUUAACCUUCCAUAAUCACAAACAGGGAUAUAGGCCUUUGAAUCUGAAGUGGACAAAGGAAGGGUCUCCCAGCCUGGCUGGGGUACAGCACGAAGUGAUGGAGGUGAUGGGGACUUGUAAAGGUGUUCAUCAGAUACUGAAGGAAGAUCAUUUCCUCCUUGUGAUACUUAACGGUGAUGCUAUCUUACUAUAAUAGAUAUGAUAAUUUGUUUAAAAUCAAAAUGUUCUUUGUGAUACAAAUGAAGACUACGGCCUGGGGACGUUAUUCUUUCUAAUGGAAGGACAUAAAUCUAUUUUAUGUAGUUUUAAAUAGAAUGCCUAAAUUAGGCUGUGGGAGAUAAUUUUUAGUGGUUAUAGGAAAGAGCAAAUUUAGGGGGAGUUGAACUUCAGGCCUUUUAUUCCUGGGAAGAUAUCUAUAGAGAAAACUUUAAAAUACUUUUUGAUUAGAAAUAUACAUGUGCCCAUGUAAUUAACAACAGAAUGUGACCAUUCUGCAAGGGUGGUGUAAUCCUAACUUGUACGCCCCUAAAAUUUAUUAGAAUAACAAUUAUGCAUACAUGAACUAUGCCAGAGUAAUGUUUACAGAUACUGCGUAACCAAUUUCAGGAGGAAUUUUUAGGUAGAUGUAUAGUUUUUAGCCCAACUUAUUUCAGAAUGGUUUGUUAACAUUUUGCUUUGGUUUACAAUAUGUCAUGGUGAAUACAAAGAAGGUUCUCAGCAGCAAAGGGAUUACAAACAGUCAAGAUUCAGCCUUCUAAGAAAGAGGCACCUCAAAGUUCCCAUGUCUUAUUUUAUGAGAACCGUGGAAUAAAUCUAUAGAUAAUGGAAAAUUAUUCACAAAAGGGUUACAUGUGACACGAGUAAAUGGCCUGGCAAAAAGUUUUAUUUAGUUAAGUGGCGUGUGAUGUUUGGAGCCAUAUACCGUAAAAUAUAUAUCCAAAUAUUUUCACCUCAGAUUUCAGGAAUUGGCAUAGAAUCUGUGAAACACUUCUGCUUCGGUAUUAGGUUGAAUCACUAGCCAUCUGUUUAAAGAGUGGAGUCAUAUACACAGUUGAACUGUUUCUUGAAACAUUUGGACCCUUCCUCAUGCUUUUUCAGAUAUCUGGAAGUUGCACUGGGUCAAACUGGACUCAUCAAGUUUAGUAUAGAUUCCUUUUUUUGUGCUUAUAGUGAAACGUCAGCACGUUUCUUGGCAAACUCCCACACCUUUAAGAUGCUUAAGUCAAUUGGCUUUCAGUCUCAUGCCUUAUUUCCUCCAAGGCAUGCCUUGAUUGCUCAGAAAUACACUUUUCUCUCACUGCUUAAGUUUGUCUGGGAGGAAUGAUAACAUAUCAAAUAGACUAUAUACAGAGUCUGUUUCCUUGGGGAGUUGUAAGCCAUGCAAUUACUAAAUUCUUCUAAAUUCUUUUUUUUCCCCCAAACCCUGCCCUCUAGCGUCUGUCCUACUAUCAGUUCAUAAAUAAUAGAACCAUUGAAACAAUACAUCAGCCUCUAGUUGAUCCUCCUAAAGUAGCCAUUAUAAUAAUCAAAUACUGUGUGAACAGGAAAGGAAAGCAUUACCUUUAAGAGAAGCUUUAAAAUAUGAAUUUAUCAAUAUUUCACAAGAAAUAGGUUUACAGAAGACAUUGGAAUAAAAUGUGUACCACUCUUUGCCUGAUGCUAUGAGGUACAUGAUUUAAAAAAAAAAAAAAAAAAAAAAACUCCCUUAGACCAGCAGCCAUUAGCAUAGAAAUGAUGGACUUCAAAAAGGAUAUGAUGUGAGCAGACGUUCCAUGUAGAAAUAUGCCCGUCUGAAUCGAAUCAGGAUUCUUGAACGGGGGAGAAGUGGUGGCAGGAAGCACAUUACAAAUAUGACCCUAGAUGGUCUGCAGUGAUGCUCUCAGUGACCCAGUCCAAGCUUUGCCAGCAUCCUUUUCCUCCAGGAAACGAUAGCUUUGUGGCCCAUGGCUGCUUAUCUAGACUUCACUUAGAGUUUAUCAACUGAAAGGUUUACAAAACUGAAUCUGGUUGAAUCUCUGUGUAGUGUUCAACUUUAAAGGGUCAACCCAUCUGUCGGCAUUUUGCACACGUAUGUAUUAUUAUGAUACAGCAUAUUACUUUAUGGUAAUUUUUAUUUUUACAUAUAACUACCUCCAUAAAUUUGAUGAAGCGGCAGCAGUGCGUUCAAGUGUAUUGUUCAGAAAAGCAAAGUUGAAAACUUUCUUAACCAUUAGGCCAUGGCGUUCUGUGUGUGUGUCAGUGAUGGACUACGUGGACUUGUGACUGUUUCAUUGCCAUGGUUUUUCUCUGACGGCAUUAUUUCACUCUCAGCUGUAAACCUGUCUCUCUUCUUCCCCACAAAAGCACACUUGAAUUUGUUAUGAAUGAAAAAGGAAGUUUAAAUUUCUUGUCUCCCCUGCCCCGGCUCCUGCCCCCAGCCCCGGACCUCAUUCCUGCUAGAGUUCUCUCCGGCGAAGAGCCAAUUGAUAAACAUAAUUUAGCAAGCUGUUUACUCCUAUAAAAUCGGAUUUGAAUUCUAGGUUUUCGGUCACAAGACACACCAGAAAUUUGGACUGCCAACUCUGAAGCACUUUGGGCCUCUCUGCCUUCACUACUUGCAUGCUACCAUAUCGAGCUCAGACUUAAUUUGAAUUAAAAGAGCUGUGCUUUGUAUCCACAACUUCUGUUCCAUAAUCCGUAUUUCAUUUUAUAUAUUUUGCACAUCUCAGGGGACCUUCAUAAGCAUAUGAAAAGGGGGGAAGGGGCUUCCCUGGUGGCGCAGGGGUUCAGAGUCCGCCUGCCGAUGCAGGGGACGCGGGUUCGUGCCCCGGUCCAGGAGGAUCCCACGUGCCGCGGAGCGGCUGGGCCCGUGAGCCAUGGCCGCUGGGCCUGAGCGUCCGGAGCCUGUGCUCCGCAACGGGAGAGGCCACAACAGUGAGAGGCCCGCGUACCGAAAAAAAAAAAAAAAAAAAGUAACAAAUGGCCACUUCUCCAGUGUUGUGAAGUUCAAGUUCAGGAAGCAUCCAUUGAAAGUUAAUCUGGAGUCACAACAAUCUGAACACCAGCUGUUCGCCAGUCUCCCUUUUUCAUAACCCAACCAGCAUUUCUAAAAUAUAAAUUUAAAUUAUAUUGCAGUCACCAUGGGAGAAAAAAAAAAAAAAAAAACCUGUCCAGCGGUAACGAAAGCAUUGUUUGUUUUUUAGGUUGGCACAGCUUUGUAAAAUUCUACCCAGGAUAAACCACUUAUCACCACAAAGUGUACUUGAAAAUAAAGUUUUUAACUUAAAUGAAAGGCAUAUUGCUCACAGUACAAUAGUGAUCUUGAUUUGAAAAGUCUUACAAUUUAUAACAUGGGCAGUAUUUGGAGCUUGGUUAAAAACCAACAACAACCUAUGAGGACUUCGCCAACUCAUUCUGGGAUCUCAAAGUGCUUCCAAAGCAUUCGGAGUCACAAUUAACAAAGCAGGUCAUAUUUGUAAUACCCAUACUUGAAAUGAAUAAACAGAAGGAGUGACACAAGAUUACCCAGAAACACAGUGGCAGCUAUCAGUGAUCUAUUUUCUAUCUGUUUGAUAGACCAUCAUGAGAAAUCACGAAAUACAAUGCUAUUUUUCUGAUGUGUGCUAAUAAAGUCAAAGAAAACGAAUACAACUUGAUACUUUUGUCCAUUUUCAUUCAAAAAGUUCAGGGUGUUGGGAAUUUUACAGGAAUCCACCCAAAUGCUAUUGUGGUCCAAGGUAGAUCACCCCUGUUUACAGUUUCAUCUUGGGCUUCUCUAAAUCCCAUGCUAAAAUACUGUCUUUCAGGAACACGACUGCUCCUGGCAGUGGGAGGUGCUGAAACAGAAAUUUUCAUUAAAAACGUCAAGUACUCUCCACAGUGCUUCUUAGCACAGCUGAAAUUCAGUACACUAUAUUGAGCCCUACUUUGAAGAAUCUGGAUUUCCCAGGGAAGCUGAUCUAGUUCUAAGCGUUUUUUCUCAAAUUAUGAGAGAAAAGAUCCUGGUCGGGGACCUUCUCCGUUUAUCACAGGCCAGUCACAGAACCAGCUGUCAGCGCGCUGUCAGGUGACAGUGGACCCCUGCAGAAGUGAUCCCUUCCUUCCCCCUCCUCCCCAGCCCCCCAGGCCCCUGCCACCCGUACUCUUCUGUUGAGCAAAUUUCUGCACACGUUGAGGGCUUGAGGAAGCUAGAACACAGGAAAAAUGAAUGCAGAAGACAUUGCUUUGCUCUGGGUUAGUAAAAUAUGGGCAGGAAAGAGAUUACUAUCAGUCUGAUCUUUGCCAAGUAAGAUAAAAGAAUCAGCCAUCACUCUGUCAACUCGGGAGGUUUUACAGUAUUAAGGAUACAUCCAAUAUUUUGCCAUAGAUUUUUAUUGAGGAGACAUUUCAUAAGUUACAUCCAUGAGAAAGUUCGUUAUUAAAUUUCCCGGUGUGUUGGAAAUAGACAUUGGCGUCUCCCUGAUGGAGUUAAUCUCUGCAUCUUUCACCGCAGCAUUCCAGGGAGGGAUUCCCCAGCCAAUGCUCCUCUCACACAGAAUCCUGUGUUCUUACACUUGUUCUAGGACUUAUAGUUGCUGAUUUGCAAGGCUUAGAAUUCUACAAGGCACAAGGGGAACUAAACCUGCUGCUGAUGAUUGUAUAUUUAUGAUCAGUUACAGGGCUUUGUCCGCUCGUUGCUGGCUUCAAAUGUGAACACACACACACACACAC